GGGGCUGAUAUCCCAGAAGCGGUGGCGGCGGCUGCGGAGCCGGUGUGAGGCGACUGACCGGGUUGCGGACCCCGGCAGGGCGCAGCGAGAUGGAGGUGACGGGCUUGUCGGCGCCCACAGUGACCGUUUUCAUCAGCAGCUCUCUCAACAGCUUCCGCUCUGAGAAGCGGUACAGUCGCAGCCUCACCAUAGCGGAGUUCAAGUGUAAACUAGAGCUGGUGGUUGGCAGUCCUGCUUCUUGCAUGGAACUGGAGCUAUAUGGAGCUGACGACAAGUUCUACAGCAAGCUGGAUCAGGAGGAUGCACUGCUGGGCUCAUACCCCGUAGACGACGGCUGCCGCAUCCACGUCAUUGACCACAGUGGUGCCCGCCUUGGGGAGUAUGAGGACGUGUCCAAGGUGGAGAAAUACCAGAUCUCACAAGAAGCCUAUGACCAGAGGCAAGACUCGGUCCGCUCCUUCCUGAAGCGCAGCAAGCUAGGCCGAUACAACGAAGAGGAGCGGGCGCAGCAAGAGGCCGAGGCUGCCCAGCGCCUGAACGAAGAGAAGACCCAGGCCAGCGCCAUCUCCGUGGGCAGCCGCUGUGAAGUGCGGGCGGCUGGGCAGCCCCCUCGCCGGGGCACCGUCAUGUAUGUAGGACUCACAGAUUUCAAGCGAGGCUACUGGAUUGGCGUCCGCUAUGAUGAGCCACUAGGGAAAAACGAUGGCAGCGUGAAUGGGAAACGCUACUUCGAAUGCCAGGACAAGCACGGCGCCUUUGUCAAGCCAUCAGUUGUGACGGUAGGGGACUUUCCCGAGGAAGACUACGGGUUGGAUGAGAUGUGACACCCAAGGAAAGGCAUCCCACUGCUCCAACUAACUUGACUUCUUAUUGCCCCUCCUUGUGUGCCCAUGGCCCUGUCCCCUGAGCCCGUUUUAAUUUUAUUCACCUUUCCAUUGACUUUUGAGACUCGUGCAUUAAAGUUGCUGGAAACCUGGGAA